AUGAUGAUUCUCUGCACGAAUCUGCUCCUGCCGUUCCUCGGCAUGCUUGUGCUUCCGCCGCUGCUGGUGGCAAACCUCUCCCGCUCCAACACGUUUUGCACGAACCUGCUCUCGCCGAUCUUCGGCACGCUCCUGCUACUGCCACAACUGGUGGCGAACAUACGUACCAACGUCUUCUUCAACAUGCACAUGAUGCUGGUGGGGACCCCGCCGGUGCUCGAGAGCGCCCCGAAUCGGCCGCUGGCGGUGCUCCUGCAACCCUGCGCGAUCCUGUGCCCACUGUUCUGCAUGCUCGUCCCGUUCCUCAAUCUGAAGUUCGUCGCCAUACUGGUGGCCUGCAUGAUGAUGCCCCCCUGGUCAAUGUGA